UGUUUGUGUGUUCGCGUUGGCGUUGUCAUCAUCAAAUCGCAUCGCUCCGCUCCGAAGAAAAUCGUGCCAAUUGAGACCGUUUUUACCUGGCCAGCGUGUGUGGUUUUGUCGCCCGCCGACCGCCCGGAGUUUUAAAUUGGCGUUACGGCUGUUACAAACUUGCAUAGUGCCUUUAAAACAGUGCAACAAGUGGUUUUUAACACUUUUUACAAGCCUUCAAAGUGCCUUACACACACACACAUGUAAAAAUAACCUACCUGACCAGAGCGCGUAUGUGUUUGCUACAACGACAACAACAAAAACAACGAAAUAACUAACUGCUUUCGUCGCAGUUUUUUUGCAAGUGUAUUGGUUAAUUACGCCGAAAAAUGUUAAGCGGGCAAAAUUAAUUGAUGUCUAAUUGAAUUACGCGGGUGAAAACAGAAAAGCUAAAUUUCUGAUCUGAUCGUAGAUCUGGUGAGAAAUCCCCAACGCGAGGAUCUGUAUCGUGUGUGUCAAUUCAUUUUUAUAAAUAUAGAUUACAAGUGCACUUAAACAAACAGAAAAACAAAAAAAAGGAAAACAAGUGAUUAACUGGCAGAUAAGCAAGUCGACGUGACGUACUCGUGUGGAUUAAUAAUUGAGCAAAUAGCCGGCAGAUAGCAGUUAGCAGAUAGCAGAUAGCAGAUAUAGCAGAUAUCGCCGAACGGACGGUACAAUGGAGUCCAUGGAGUACGAGAUGGCACGCAACAUGACGCUGCUCUUCUUCUUGGAGCGGCUGCUGGACAAGGGCGAGCCCCGCACCGUCCACGAUUUGUCCUGCCAGUUUGGCAACAAGGAGUUCACCAAGGAGAUGCGACAAAUCGCCGGGGGCAGUCAGUCGGGUCUGAAGAAAUUUCUCGCCCAAUACCCAGCAAUAUUUCUGGUCGACGGUGAUUAUGUCCAGGUCAAUGCCUAUCAGCACACCAAUGCGGACGAUGGCGGCGGCGGCGGCAAGCGCGACUACAUCCAAGAGGCUAAAGACUACUUCAAGAACAAGAUGCUGCAGUACGGAGCGGCUGCCGAGGUGCCCGUUCGCAGUCUGCUGGGCCACAGGUCGCAGGCAUCGCCCCAAGUGCGUCACAUAUCGGGUCAACACAUCAAAGAGUUCACAGACUUUCUGAUGAAGCACACGGAUACCUUCAAGGUGACGGACGACUAUGUGAUGCUGGUGGGCUGCGAGAACAUGACGGAUCUGCCGGCGCGCGAUCGUCUCCAUCUGCCGCAGUCGAACAUCGAUACGCGCGGAACGCAGCAGAUGCUCGACUUCUUUGCCCAGUGCAUUGAGGUGAAGGGACCGCUGUUGGUGGACCAACUGUUCCAUCUGCUGACCACCAACUUUCCGCAGGAUCAGUGGCUGCGCAUGUUCAAGACGCCGGGCGAUCUGAGCUCGUUCCUCAAGCUCUUUGCGGACUGCUUUCACAUACAGGCCAAUCUAGUCACCCUGCUGCAAAAGCCCAAGCUCAGCGAUACGCACAUCCAGCAGGCUCAGGCUCAAACACGGGAGCAAUUCAAUGCGCUGAACAAUAACAACAGUGCCAGCAUUCGGAAGCAGGAAUCCGGUGUCGGAUGUGGAGGUGGUGGCGGUGGAGGUGGAGGCGGCGGAGUUGGAGGUGUCAGCUCAGUGCAGCAGAGAUUGCAAUCGCCGGCUCUGCGGAGCAAUGGUCACACGAACAACAACAACAAUGGGAGCAAUGCCAAUGGCAAUGGCAAUGGCAAUAAUAACAAUAAUAGCAUAGCUUGCCCGAACUUCAAGCUGAAUGCCCCCGUUUCGAAUGUGAUGGGUGGCCAGAGCCAAAGUCAGGGCUUCGGGCAGCCCAAAUCGGAGCCAAGUUCUGGCUUCGACAGCUAUGUGCCCAUGUCGGAGCUAAAACUAGAGAAUCUGUGCGAGAACAACUAUCCCAGUGCGAAUACAUGCUACGGGCCCAUUAAUAACUCCGCACAGCAGCAACAACAGACGCAGCAGACGCAGCAGCCGCAGCAAACGGUACAGAAUCCGGCGGAGCAGCGUUUGAAUAGUGUUAACCAAACCCUCAAGCAACGCAUCAACACUUUAGUUAUACGGACACUAGCCGAGAAUUUGGAGAAGGAUAAGCAAACGCUGGCCAACCAGCAAGGCGGGCCAACUUCACCGCACGCCAGUCCCGUGCAUUCCAUUGCCAAUUCGAGUUCUAACCAAAAUGCCAGUGCUGCAAGUAACGUCAACAGCAACUCGAAUUCGAAUUCGAAUUCAAAUUCGAAUCAAAACAAUGCCAACCACUCACCUAGUCAUAGCUACUUUGUCGGCGACACCUGGAAGAUAAAGGUCCUGCAGAACACCACGGUGAUAGCGAAUGUCAAGCAAUCGGUGUUUGUUACCGACAUUAUACUCAAGUAUGCGGCCAAGAACGAGAACAUAGUGGUCUCCCUCGACUGCGAGGGCAUCAAUCUGGGUCUGAAGGGGGAGAUAACAUUGAUUGAGAUUGGAACGACGCGUGGCGAAGCCUUUUUGUUCGAUGUGCAAUCCUGCCCGGCGAUGGUCACCGAUGGCGGACUGAAGACCGUGCUGGAGCACGACCAGGUGAUCAAGGUGAUACACGACUGCCGCAACGAUGCGGCCAAUUUGUAUCUGCAAUUUGGCAUCCUGCUGCGCAAUGUGUUCGACACACAGGCCGCACAUGCGAUAUUGCAGUAUCAGGAGAGCGGCAAGCAGGUCUACAAGGCCAAGUACAUAUCGCUUAACUCGCUGUGCGAACAGUAUAACGCCCCCUGCAAUCCCAUCAAGGAUCAGCUGAAGCAGAUCUACCGACGGGAUCAGAAGUUCUGGGCCAAGCGACCACUCACGCGGGAAAUGAUGCUGUAUGCAGCGGGCGAUGUCCUGGUCCUGAUACACGACCAGUUGUUUGGCAAUCUGGCGCGCCAGAUCAAAACGGAGAACAGGACACUCUUCUCGGAGCUGUGCACCGAGCAAAUACUCAUGCAGAUCAAGCCCAACGAGGUGAAGAUACGCAAGAAGCAGCGCAAGGUCAGCACCGAGGUGUCCGAUCUCAAGCAGAAGUUGGCCCAAACCAGCAAAAGCAUUGUGCUCUCCAAUCGCGAGAUACGCCUGCUGCGCUACAUGGACCUCACAGAGGAUGAAAAGGAGCGCCUGAAGGGCUACUACAAGGUGGCCAAGAAGCUGGAGAAAAUGGAGUCCGCCGGCAAUCCCAACAAAGACCAAAGUGAUUCGGAGGAUGAGCCAGAGCCAAAUGAGAAUGACACGUUUCCCAGCUUGGACUCGGUGCCCUCGGACAAUUCGCUGUCGGGCACUUUUUCGCCACGCUUCAGCUCAGAGCCACCAAGUCUGACUGAGUCCAUGCAAAUGCUGGAGGAGAUUCUCCAGAACAAGUCCAUGGAUCGCAUAGCACGUAUUGAUAAGCUGGAGGCCAUUCUGACCACUGCCACCUCGCUGCCAUGUGAACAAAUUAUAUCUUCAAAUUCGAUGCAAGAGCAAUUGGGAUCGAGCAUUGCGACCACCGAGAAUCUGCAAAUUAUACGCGAGAAAUCCAGAAACAUUAAGAACUGCAAUUGCCAGGGCGAGCGCAGUGUGACGCCCGUUCUGCGAACGACUGACAAGCGAUUGGUGAAGCUGGUGGAUGCCGAAUCGCAGACGCUGAGCACCGGCGACGUGGUCAUCACCAAGAUAUUCUUCCAGGACGAGCAUGAGCGUGCCAAGGAGGCAGCCUUGCUGAGCAACUCGCCCACGAAGCGAGUGUCUCCCAUAUAAACAUUUAAUCGUUUAAACAUUUAAACAUUUGAACCUUCGAACAAUGAUUCCUAACAAGCAAAGCGCAGACAUAUUACGUAUUAUUAUUUUGUUUUUUAAUAGUUGAGGCGUUCCGCACUGGACCUCUCGACACUCUAUCGAUUAUGCAAUAACUUUCAUACCCAAUUGAAAAAGCAAUAUAUAUUUUGUGCCUAGAUGUUGAACAUUGCAAUAACAAUAAUAUAUGAUUUAUCAAUUGUUAAACAACUCGCCUCCGGCUCGGAUCUUUUUAUAUAACAACCGACAAACGUUGGCGACGCAAUCUAACCGAAUCCCACUUCUCAGUAAAGGCAUUUGCCACUGAGAAGCUGUGCGGAAUUCGAUGAGGUUAACGACUUACGAGCUGCGCCAAACAAUCAUUAAAAAUGUAUCUGUUAAUUGAUUUGUAGACUAUUUUGCUAUUGAUUGUAAAUUAAAUCUGCGUUGGACCAAUGUGUAUUAAAUCCAAAUGAAAUUAUUAAAUGCAGUUUCCCUAGAGGUUUCCUAAUAUCUUUGUCGCCAUAUCAGAAGUGAACUUAUUGUAUUUUAACCAUAAUACUUUAUAAACCGAAACGAUUAUUCAACUCAAUUUAAGUUUAACCAAACAAUCUUCUUAAUUAUUAAUAACAAAUUGUGUAGUCAAUCUAAGUAAAUGAGAAUUAAUUGUAAUGGAAAGAAUACUGAAAUGGUACGAUUAUAAAUUAUAUAUCUAAUUGAAUAAAACGUGUAUAUACCUAUAAAAACCA